AUGCUGGAACGAGCGCUUCUCAAGACGACGCUGCUGCUUUGGUUGGCUCAGCUGACUCUUCAGGGGGGAACAGGGUACAAACCUCAGAAUGGAGGUUUGGGUCAAAUGUUAAUGCCAUCCAAAGGAUAUGGUCCUGGUGCACAGAAUGCCAAUGGUUACCAACCCAACACUAAAGCACAAGGUUAUGGACCUGUAGCUCCCCAGGCCAAUGGAAAUGGAGCCAAAGGUUAUGGUGCUGCACAGGCCACAGGAAAUAAUGGAAAACCCAGUGGUCCUUAUAAAGGAUAUGGUGUGGCACCUGCUGCGCUUGGAAAUGGAAAUAGAGCCAAACCUAAUGGUCCUUAUAAAGGAUACGGUGCGGUACCUGCUUCUCUCGGAAAUGGGAAUGGAGCCAAACCCAAUGGUUAUGGAAAUAACGGCAAACCCAAUGGUUUUGGUGCAUUUGCAGGUGAUACUAAAGGAAAUGGAGGUUAUGGCCCAGCACCUGUAGCUUCUAAAGGACAGGGCCCUAAACCCAAUGGAUAUGGAGCUUCACCUUUAACAUCCAAUGGCCAGCAAGCCAAGAUGAAACCAAAUGGAGGUUAUGGGCCAAAUAAGCCUGGAUAUGGAGCACAGCCUGCGUAUGGUGGAUUUGGAGCUGGGAUGAGAAUGGCACCACAAAUGGCCAACAAAGGAAGAGGAGGAUAUGGCGAUACCAGAGGACCCAAAGCAGGAUAUGGUGGAUAUCCCAAUAGUGGUGGAUUUAAGGGACCAAAACCAGGUUAUGGUGGUUUGCCCACAGGUUAUGGACAGAGACCCAAUGGAUAUGGAGGCUAUCCUAAUGGGGGCGCUAAAGCACCAAAACCAGGUUAUGGUGUUCCUGCUGGUGUCCCAAAGGUUAAACCCGGAUAUGGCCCUGUAACAGACAGCAGUGAGAAAAGACCCAAAGGGCAAAGCCUUGGCCCUGAAGCCCCAAAUGUUCAAUCAGUAACAGGAUACAUCAAAGGAGUUGUACAGCCAGCUGAACCUGAGCCUACCGUAGGAGUACCUACUGCACUGCCACCCAAUAAGGGAAUGCCAUCAUUUGUAACGAGUUGGAAGGGCUCAAAACCUCAGGUUCCUGUGUUUCCACAAGGCUACCCAUCUAAACCAAUAGUGCAAGAGCAGGCUCCGAUGAUUCCAAAGAAUAAAGCAUCCAAACCUGUGCAAUAUAUCCCACAAGAGCAAGCUCCAAUCCCAGAGCUUGCACCCCUCAUUCCUCAGGCUAAACCAGUUGUUCCUGCUUUACUUCCAUUUGCUGAACAAAGAAAAGGCCCAAAGCCAUAUACUCAAGUUCCACAGUCUGCUGCACCAGUGUAUCCACAGAGAAAUGGACCAAAUCCAGUCAAUCUGCAACCAGCUGUUCCACAAAGUAAAGGUCCAAAACCGACUGCUUCGGUGCUUCUUCCAGUGUUCCUUCAGACCAAAGGCCCAAAACCUGUUGCUCCUUUUCCUGAGAUUCCACAAACAAAAGACACCAAACCUGUAGCACCAGAACCAGCUGCACCACAGACAGCAGGUUCUGUACUUGCCCAUGAACCAACCCCUGCUAUGCCUCAGAUGAAAGGUCCAAAACUAGCAAAUCCUGGAUAUGGUCCUGGACCAUGGUACCCAAACAAUGGAGGAGCCAAGACCUCAAAACCAGGUCAUAGUCAUCACUAUAACAUAGCUACAUGA